GAGCGUGAGAGAGAGAGAGAGAGCCAGAGAACGAGAGAGAAAGAGCGAGGGGGAGAGUGGUGUCGUUGUGCGGUGGGCAUCCGUGAGCUCGUGUUGGUCGACCGUGAGAGGCGAGUCGUGUCGGUCGCCCGGUCGCUAGUCGCUAAGGGGGGAAAGGCAGCAGGCAGAGAAGCAGCUCGCUGCUAGGCUAGCUGGGUGAGCGGCAGUCAGGCGAGCAGACGAAGUGAGAGAAGAAGGGAAUUGAAAAGGGAAGCGGCGGCUCGGCUCUCCUAGCUAGUAUUCAUUUCGUUGAGUGCUGCCCUCAGUCGGCAAAGAGACGUAUACCGACCGACAGUUUCCAUCACAAUGGCUUCCGUGAGAGACACGGCGACUUUCUUCGCCGAAGGAACGGCGAGCCAAUUUGAGCACGUUAUCAAGCUCUAUCCUCAGGCGCUGAGGCUCAAGGCGGAUUUGAAGACCAAGAAGCCCGAGGAACUUAUCAAGCUGGAUAACUGGUACCAAAAUGAACUGCCUAAGAAAAUCAAAUCGAGAGGAAAGGAUGCUCAUCUUAUUCACGAAGAACUGGUGCAGACAAUGAAAUGGAAACAAACGCGUGGAAAAUUUUAUCCACAACUUUCGUACCUGGUCAAGGUGAAUACACCCAGAGCUGUUAUGGCUGAGACAAAAAAAGCCUUUAAGAAACUGCCAAACCUGGAACAGGCUAUCACUGCCCUAUCAAAUUUAAAGGGGGUCGGCACUACCAUGGCCUCCGCCCUACUCGCUGCUGCUUCGCCGGAAAAUGCUCCAUUCAUGGCUGACGAAUGCCUUAUGGCUAUUCCGGAAAUCGAAGGCAUCGACUAUACUACCAAGGAGUACCUGAACUUUGUCCAGCACAUUCAGACCACAGUUGAAAGGCUCAAUAAACAAAUAUCAAAUGGUAAAUCGUGGAGCCCGCACAGAGUCGAACUGGCAUUGUGGACGCACUACGUAGCCUCAGAAUUGCAGCCAGAAUUGUUAGACGGAAUACCAGGUACAACUGAGAACGGUAAUUCUCAUCCUACGAACGGAGAGACGACAGAGCCAUCGGACGACAGUAACCAAGAGGAGGAAGGAGUGGCAGGAGGAGUGGUUGCGGUAUCGAACGGUAACAAGGAUCCGAUAGAUCCAGCAGCGAUCGAUGAGAAUAGUACAACGUCGUUCACCGAGGAUUCGCUGGACAAACCAGCCACGCCGACAGCGACUAUAGCAGCAGCGGCGGCGGCGACAAUGACAGCAACAACAACUACAACAACGACGGUUAAGAAGGAGACUGAAACGCCGACCGAGACGGAGACUACGACAAAAACAACAACAACAACACCAACAACAACAACAGCGACAACAACAGUCACGCCAAGAGAAGAAACAAACGACUCCGUCGCAACAAACGAAGAAGACAGCAACAAUCGGCCGACGGACAGCGAGGACACAGAGGACUCGCAGGAUAAUAUUCCAGAGCCGCCGUCUAAAAAAAGCAAGAAGUGACCCCCUACUAAUAGCCAAUCACAAU